CACUCUUUUUGUCUUUCUCUCUUCUCCCAAAGGUUUUUUUAUUUGAAUCUUAAUUAGGCAUUCAUUACCUCUUUUUCUUAGUAAUAUUGAAAUCUCCACAACUUCCCAUGUGUCCUACUAACUCUGUUUCUCUUUCACUAUAUCAUCACAAGCUUGCUAGUUUUUGGACAGUAUAGUCCUGUCGGAGCACUAUUUUUCCAGCUGUGUUUUCUCCCUGCAAGUCAUUUAUAGACGUUGUCAGAGAGAAAGUGAGAGCAAUGCCAAGUUCAGGUUCAAUCUUUAGGCAGCUGAGUGGGAGAGAAGUGUGGAGAUCAGCAUCCUGGAGGUGGGUUGGAAACACCGAGGAGUACUGUGAGAGGAGUAAUUUGAAGGAGAUGGAAGGGCUGAACAUGUAUGGCAACUUCGGUGGCGGUGACAACGGUGGGGUGGUAAUGAGGAAGAGGGUGAUGGUGGUGGUGGACCAGACGUCACAUUCCAAACAUGCAAUGAUGUUUGCUCUCACCCAUGUGGCUAACAAUGGUGAUUUCCUCACCCUGCUUCAUGUCAUUCCUCCAACCCAUAAGACCUCUGACCCUUCAUCUCAUUAUCUUGCUAGCUCUCUUGGGUCCCUUUGCAAGGCCUGUAAACCUGAGGUUGAAAUAGAAGCAUUGGUGAUCCAAGGACCAAAGUUGAGCACGGUGUUGAGUCAGGUGAAGAAGCUGGAGGUAUCAGUGCUGGUACUGGGUAAGAAAAGGUCGUCUUCAUUCUUCAACUGUCUUUGUGGGACCAGCUCUGAUGAGUUUGUGGGCCAGUGCAUCAGCAAUGCAGAUUGCUUGACCAUUGGGGUUAGAAAGCAGAGCAAAGGUGUUGGUGGGUACCUUAUCAGCACCAGAUGGCAAAAGAACUUCUGGCUCCUAGCUUAGUUCUUGACCUCCAUCAGCAAAUGCAAAGAUAAGUCUAAUAAUAUUAGUCCUCACCUUCUCUAUAAUGAUAAUCCACUAACAAGACUGCCUUUGUAUCCUCUCUUAACUAUCCUAGAUAAGUAAAAAUGUAAAAU